AGGGAGACUUCCCCUUAACUCUGCCGUCUAUUCUUUAGCACCCGGCCUCUCUGCAUCACCCAACAUCAUGUUCCUGCAGCCUGGGAAAUGGAUUCUCAUCUUGGUUUUGUGUUGCCUAUUUACUCACCAGCUGGAAGGUGCUUGUCUCAUCAACCCGUCCGUCAGGGCAGCUGUCAGACUCCCAAGGAUGACACCAUUUUGGAGGGGCCUGUCUUUGCGCCCAUUAGGUGCCUCGUGCAGGGACGCUUCAGAGUGCCUAACCAAGUUGUGCAGUAAGAGUCGCUGCUCGCUGAAGACUUUUAGUAAUUAAGUGGCUCGUUGAGCUUUAAAUAUUAUAAGAAUACACAUUCUUUCAGACCGGCCAUGGUAUUUAUUCUUAGGAAAAUCUACUCAGAUGUUUUGUAUUUAUUCAUUUGUAAUAUAGAAUUUUCUAUGUCA